CAGCAAGACCAGCUCUCAACAAAACCGGAACUCACCAAGACCAGUACUCAACAAAACCAGAACUCACUGGGUACCAAACCAAACAAAACCAGAACCUAUGAAGACCAGAACUCACCAAAACCAGAACUCACCAAGACCAGGACACUGUUUUCACUGAAACCAGUCCAGCAUGUAGUUCUCCUUCUGAACUUCCUGGUAUCAGGGUCAGGUGUAAACUGCCUUCAGGUAACAGGACGACCACCAGUGCCAGAGUGUCCUCAUUGGCUGAGAACCAGCUGGAGGCGGGGUCAGAGCAACAGGGCUGCUAAGUGGGCGGGACGUCCUGUGACCAGAAAUGACUUCCUGCUCCGCCCCCUGCAGCUUCACCUUGCUCUGGGGGACCAGAUGGAACCAUGUGACGGUCGGGACUGCUCCACCUGUCAGUGUUUCCCAGCCAAAGGAGCGAUGGGUUUUCCGGGGCCUCUUGGGCGGCAGGGCCCUCAGGGGCCUCCAGGCUUCCCAGGUCCUCAGGGGCCUCCAGGGGAGAAGGGCCACAGGGGGUACGAGGGGCCGUCAGGACCUGCAGGACUGAAGGGAGACUUUGGGAGUGUCGGUGUUCCCGGGUUUCAAGGUUUAGAAGGACUCCCGGGUCACCCAGGUCCUGCUGGAGGUCCAGGUUUCCCAGGUCUGGAUGGAUGUAACGGAACCAGAGGAGAGGGAGGAGAACCCGGACUUUCUGGAGCGCAGGGACCAGAAGGAGUUCCGGGCUUCGUAGGACUAAAGGGGUUUCCAGGAGAUCCAGCAGUCUACUUCAUACCGUACCCCGGAGUACCAGGAGACGUGGGACCCGCGGGACCUCCCGGUCUGCAGGGUGAACCGGGUCUCCCUGGCCCAUCAGGACUUGUGGGUCCUGCAGGACUGGACGGGACAAACGGUCUCCCGGGUCUGCCUGGCUUCAGGGGCUCACCUGGAGAAAAAGGUCGAUCUCUGCCGGGACAGAAAGGAGACGAGGGGGAGCAGGGCCUCCAGGGGCCUCCGGGGCCGUUCGAGUACGUGGACCCUCCAGAAGACCUCUACAUCAAAGGAGAAAAGGGUUCUCGAGGCGUUAAAGGAGUCUGUGGAAGUACGGGACUGCCGGGUUUGGACUCUCUCCCGGGGAUCAAAGGAGAGAAGGGGAUCGUGGGAUUUCCCGGACCUCGGGGGGUUUCUGGGAGUCCUGGGCGGACUGGAGUGAGAGGAUUCAGGGGAAUUCAAGGAAAUCCAGGUCUGCCAGGUCUGAUUGGUCAAGAGGGUCCAAAGGGCAUGAUGGGAGAUCGAGGUCCUAAAGGCCUCCCCCAGAGCGUCGACGUCACACACACAGGGGACGUUGGAGACCCUGGGGCCGUUGGACCGAAGGGCCCUCCAGGAGACCUGGGGCUGAUGGGAAUCCACGGGCCCCAAGGAGCUACUGGCAGGUCCAUACCUGGACCGGCAGGGUUUGUGGGUCAGCCGGGGGCUCUAGGAUGUAAAGGGGAAAAGGGAGAUCGAGGUCAGUUGUUUAAAAAUGGACCCACUCCUGGAGAACCUGGGAAACCCGGACGUUCUGGACCCCAAGGAUUGAAAGGAGAACCGGGGAUACCAGGUAGAUACUGCGUUGCUGGAGUACCUGGGGAGUCUGGACAGCCAGGUGAACCGGGACCUCCUGGGGCUACGGGCUUCACAGGGUUUAAAGGUAGUCGGGGGGAAUGUGCUUGCGGCCCCCCUGAUAUAAUCAAGGGCCCCCGUGGUCCUGUGGGUGAUAGGGGGUCCCCCGGCUCUCCAGGAGCCCCAGCCGCUCAAGGUCUGAAAGGGGAGAAAGGUGUUCCAGGAGACCCAGGCGUACGUGGACAACAGGGUCUGGGCGGGUUUCCAGGAGUCGUAGGGUUCAAAGGUCAGAAGGGAGACUUCACUGCGGUGGAUAUUAAAGGUGACAAAGGAAACAGGGGUCUGCCGGGACCUCUAGGAAGACAAGGAUUCUCAGGAAGAAGAGGACUUGAUGGGCUGCCUGGGGCCCCUGGAAACCCUGGCCCUCCAGGUCAAAGUUUCCCCAGUUUUCCUGGUGACAGAGGCUUCCCAGGUUUCCCUGGGCCGAAGGGGUCGGCAGGACCUUCAGGCCCAGUGGGGCCGAGUGUUGUGGGUGCUAUAGGGGAGCGAGGGGCCACUGGAGACACAGGACCUUCAGGACUCCCUGGCUUUCCUGGACCAAAGGGAGUCAAAGGUGACGUUCUGCCCUGUGUACCCAGAAACCCCGGUGCUCCUGGAGAGAAGGGAGACAAGGGAAAUACAGGGUACACAGGAUCACCCGGGUCUCCAGGUUUUCCUGGCCUCACUGGACUUGAUGGUGCUAAAGGAGACAAAGGAAAGUCUGGACUUGUUGGACCACCUGGAAGACAAGGACCCCCCGGUUUAGUUGGAGAUACAGGGGAUGAAGGACUUGAAGGCAUCAGCUAUGGUGGAGAUCCAGGUUCCCCGGGGCUCCCAGGCUCUCCUGGACUCAGGGGCCUUGCAGGAGACUCUAGUGUGGGGUCUUCAGGGCCAAUCGGAUUCCCGGGGCCACCUGGCUCUCAGGGACCUAAAGGAGUUCCUGGCCCCCCAGGAAAUGAUGGACUGCAGGGCGCUCUUGGUCUGUCUGGGGGUCCUGGACCAAAAGGCCAAAGAGGACAGAAUGGGGCCCCAGGUAUCACUGGUCCCCAAGGACCUCCUGCUGACUACUGUGCAGCAGGAAAACCUGGCCCCAUGGGACCUUUUGGUCCCCAGGGACGUAUUGGAUCACCAGGAUUUGUGGGGGAGAAAGGUGAAACAGGAGCUGAUGGCGCUCCGGGUUUUGGCCCUAAAGGCCCUGUAGGAAAACCUGGCUCUCCUGGUUUUCCAGGGUACUCGGGGCUACAAGGCCCCUCUGGACCAAUUGGAGAUUCAGGCCUGCCAGGUCCUGGGGGUCUGAAAGGUCUAAGGGGGCCUGAGGGCCUAGAUGGAGCACCAGGGUCCCCUGGACAGCCAGGAUUCUCUGGAGCCCUUGGUAGGAAGGGGGCGAGAGGGUUCAGCGGUCGAGAUGGAUCUCCAGGAUGUGAGGGUCCUAAAGGAGAGAAAGGCUGUAAAGGGGUCCCGGGGCCUCCAGGAGAGACCAGGGUCAUUCCCAUUAAAGGAGAGAGAGGAAAACUAGGACCCUCUGGCAUCAGUGGCUUCCCCGGACCACGAGGAAAUAAAGGCGCACAAGGAACAGUUGGUAACCCCGGGUAUCCAGGCAUCAAUGGACUCCCUGGGAUCACAGGUCUCCCAGGACCCCCCGGACAGUAUGGCAGACCAGGACCUCCUGGAUCCCCCGGGCGUCAAGGAACGCAAGGACUCAUUGGCUUUCCUGGAGAGACCGGAGAUCCAGGUGACCCAGGAUGUCCAGGGCCACCUGGGAUCCCUGGUGGCCGAGGCUGCACUGGACCCACAGGUGAUAAAGGAGACUCUAUUAGUAUUCCUGGUCCACCUGGAGACAGGGGACCCACUGGAGACUUCGGGACACCAGGACCACCAGGACCUCGAGGAGACACUGGUGGACUGGGUUUCAUUGGGGGUCCAGGACAGAGAGGAUGCAAAGGGGAUCUAGGCGACCAGGGUGACCUAGGUCAACAAGGUGUGGUCGGGCCCCCAGGUCCCAGAGGUCGUCCGGGUCUCACAGGGCUUCCUGGUCAAGCAGGUGCUGACGGUCCUCCAGGACCGCAGGGCUGCCAGGGACUCCAAGGUCCUCCUGGACCGCUGGGACUUCAUGGACUGGAUGGACUAAAAGGAGUGAAGGGGGACAUGGGGACCAGAGGUCUGGGUGUUCAAGGUCCUCCAGGUACCAAAGGUCUGCCAGGAGAUAAAGGGCCUCCGGGUCCUCCAGGACCCUUUGGCACAUCCCAACCUGGCCCUCAAGGACCCAAAGGCCUCCCAGGACCCAAAGGACCUCCAGGUGGUCUAGGACCUCUAGGUAAACCUGGACUAGACUGUAAAGUUCCAGUUCCUGGGCUCCGUGGAGAUCCUGGAUGUGCUGGACCUGAUGGUGAUCCAGGGUCUUCUGGGGAAAUGGGGAAUCCAGGCCCAAAUCCCCCGGUACCUGGAGACGAUGGGGACAACGGGGACUCAGGGUGCAAGGGGCCUCAGGGUCCACAGGGACCUCCAGGGCUUGAAGGAUUGCCAGGCAGCCCUGGGAGUCCUGGAGUGAAAGGUCUACGGGGGGCGCCAGGUCUGAUGGGACUACCUGGUUAUCGUGGUCCUAAAGGUUGUACCGGUUCUAGUGGGCCUCCAGGACCAAAGGGAUUUCCUGGACCGAUGGGCCUUAAGGGGGAAAAGGGACGAGUCUCCACCUGCCCCACAUACCCUCCAGCCCCACAAGCCCCGGGACCCCCUGGUCCCAUUGGUCUUCCCGGAGAUCCCGGGAUCCAGGGAGAAAGCGGCCAACAGGGACUGGAAGGUAGAAAAGGGGACUUUGGGUCAGUGGGACCAACUGGCAAAGUGGGGCCCCAAGGUUCAGUCGGAGACCGAGGAGGGCCAGGCCUGCCGGGAGAGAGUGGAGUGAUAGGAGACAAAGGUGAUCCAGGUCCGGUUGGUGACCCGGGUCAACCAGCCAAUAAGAAGCUGAACUCGGGCUUCCUGUUAGUGAUGCACAGCCAAUCAACGACGAUCCCCGCCUGCCCUCUGAACAUGAGGGUCCUGUGGGUGGGCUACAGUCUGCUGUACCUGGAGGGUCAGGAGAAGGCUCACACUCAGGACCUGGGUCAGGCGGGCUCGUGCAUGCCGGUGUUCUCCACCAUGCCGUUCUCCUCCUGUAACAUGGGGACCUGCUCCUACGCCAGCCGCAACGAUAAAUCCUAUUGGCUGUCCACGACGGCAGCUGUCCCCAGUAUUCCAGUGGGCGGAGCCUCCAUUGAGGAUCACAUCAGCCGCUGCGUGGUGUGUGAAGCCCCUUCCUCACCUGUCGCACUGCACAGCCAGACCUCCAACCAGCCAGACUGUCCCCCCUACUGGCGGAGCCUGUGGACCGGAUACUCCUUCCUCAUGCAUACGGGCGCAGGCGAUGAGGGCGGCGGUCAGUCUCUGACAUCAUCAGGUAGCUGUCUGACAGACUUCAGGGCCCAGCCCUUCGUGGAGUGUCAGGGGCCCAGAGGAACCUGCCACUACUUCGCCAACAUCUACAGCUUCUGGCUGACCCGCGUGGAGACGACCACCUCCACCUCCAACAGCUCCCCCACCACGCUGACCGAGGGCUGGCAGCAGAGGGAGAGCAUCGGGAGGUGCAACGUCUGCAUGAGGGAGUGACCGCGAGCAAAAACACCUCCUGCCAAGUCUAAGAGGAUGGACAGGACAAGAAAUGUUUGUGAGGAGAGAGAGUUCCUUUAGAAUGAUGCUGCCAUUCAAUCAACCAAUCAACCAACCAACCAAUUAAUCAAUCAAUCAAUUAAUCAUUCAAUCAACCAAUCAACCAACCAACAUAUCAAUCGAUC